AUGGUCGACGGGGCGAGUGCGACACACCACGACAGCUCUAUUGAUACCUGGUUGGGUUGGUGGAUGUGGUCUGCGGUGGGUGCGUGUCCGCGCAGCCGGCACCGUGUGCGGCGCAGGGCCAUUGCGGCUGUGCGUAUGGCGCUGCUUGUGGUGUUGGCGCUGGCAGCAGCUGCUGCGUGGAUGCCCGCAGCGCACACGGUGGUGUUGCGACUGCGGGGCGGCACGGUGGACAGAGCCAUCACGGUUGGCCACGCCGUGGACACGGUGCUGAUGGACGGCGUGUCCAUUACGAACGGCGUGGCUGUGGUGUUCGACGUGGCGGCGAUGCUUCCCGGCACGCUGCGCAUCGAAUUGAGGAACUGCGUGUGCGACGGCGGUGCGCAGAUCUACGUGCGGGGCUACGGCGGCGAGCCGGCGAGUGACCGGAGCCUGGAGGUGAGCGUGAGCGGGCUGUCCGGCGACUACUGCUCGCUCGUGUUUGUGCACAACCUGCCGGCACACACGAACGUGACGGUCCGUGACUCGACGAUUGUGACGGCGGGGCCGAUGCGCUACUCGCAGCUGAGCGGGCUGACGGACGCGGUGGCGUCGCCGCUUGUGCUGUACGCGACGUCGCUGUUGCAGACGCAGCUGCGUGUGAGCAGCACUGUGCUGAGGUCGUUGCACGCGGGCGGGUCGGCGGUGCACGUUGGCGGCGGCGUGGACCUGCUGUCGAGCGCGGUGGUGCUUGACGGCGUGUUGCUGGAGGCGUCGGCCGGUCCGACCGCGUCCGCGAUGCAUGUGGCGUCCUCGUCGCGUCUCAGUCUGCGGAGCCACUCGGUGUUCUCCGUGACGAACAUGUCGGUUGUGAGCAGCGGCGGCGGCAUUGUGCUUGGAGAGCGCCUUGAGGUGGUUGAUUCGGUGCUGCGCUUUGUGGGCGUCGAGGGGUCUGCUGCGUCGUCGCUGGUGCGCUGCGACGGUGGGACGAUCGGUGGCGGCGGGUGGCUGGAGCUGCGCGAAGUGUGGGCGGUGGGCGAGGCGUCGUCGGUGGCGUCGCUGUCGGGGGUGACGCUGGGCGGCGGCACCGUGUCGAUUGCGCGCUGCGUUGCCGCCGGCGCGACGCUUGUCUCCGGGCUGACGAUCACGAGCGGCGUCGUGUCGGUGCAGUGCAACCGUGCCGGCGGCCGGGUGCUGCAGAGCGGCGGCGACUACCGCAUGGCCGGCCUUCCCUCCGUGAGCGUGGUGCCUUGCGACGGCUGUGAGGCCGCGCUGGCGUGCUUUGAUGCGCUGACAGCGUCGUUCUCCGACUGCUUGUGCGGCUGCCGUGCCGGCGGUGUGGGCGAGGCGUGCCUGCCGUUCGAAGUGCCGGUUGCGAGGGCCGGUGGUGGUGGCGGUGUGGAGGAUUGCGUGAGUGGCGUGACGCUGACGGAGUCGGUGACGGUUGGUGGUGGGCAGGCGAUGGCGUGCCUUGACUCGGUGGUGCUCAGCGGACCAAUCACUGUGGCGGUGGACCUGCGCUCGAUGGACGCGUUCGCUGACGCGCUGAACGUGACGCUGUGCCACUGCGUGCUUGCGGGCGGUGCGCAGCUGCGGAUUGGCGGCCUCAGCGAGAGCACAGCGCACCUGUUUCCGCACGCCCUCGUCAACAUGACGAACGUGACGUCGCUGGAGGGCACGAUUGUGCUGCAUGGCGCGAUGCCGCUGCACUCGAGUGUGCUGCUGGCGAACUCAACGCUGCGCGCGACGGUUGGCGGGUCGCAGUACGUGCCGACGACCCCUGGCUUUGAGGGAUUUCGGUACGGCCCCGCGCUUGUCCUGGACGGCGUCCGGCUUCUGUCGACGCGGUUUGUCAUGACGCGGUCGUCGCUAGCGUGUGGCGGGGGCUCGUGCGCUGCGAUGCUCGUGGAGCGCGGCUUCGUCGCGAAUCUGUCCAGCGUCUUCUACAUGGACAACUGCGCUGUUAUGUCGCGGGCACACGUGAUGUACGCUCUUGCGUCGGAUUUGCGUGUCAGCGGCGACUCCGUGUUCUCCAUACAGAACAGCUCGUGGAGUGCGCCGAGCACCGAAUAUGGCAAAGGCGCGUGUGUGUUUAGGGAUGUCGCGGUGGAUGGCGGCAGCGUUCUGCAGAUUGUGUCCAGCACGUUCCGUCUCGGCUUUGUCAUGCUCAUUGCAGAAACGCUGACUGUGACUGGCGGCAGCUGGCUGGUGCACCGCAACAACGAGUUCCGCUCGGCCUACGUUGUGUACGUGGCUGCCUACUACGGCAUGGUGUUCCGCGAUCGGAGUGUGUGGUCGAUACUUGACAACAACUUCACGUAUGGCUCGUACUCGUCGACCAUCGCACAUAUGACGAGCAACUGGUCACCACCAUCCGACGCGCGCCCGAUCAUCUACGGCAUGUGCAACGAGGCAAAAGGCUCACCUGUGACGGAUUACGGAGUCGACCUCAAUAUUAGAGUGCCCGUGAUGGUGUUGGACUGCGGUGCGUGCACCAUGGACUCCGUGUGCUUCGCUGCGAGGACGAGCAGCAUCAGCGGCUGUGAGUGCGUGUGCGCUGCUGGCGGCUACGGUGACACGUGUCUGCCGGCUGCGGUUCCGGAAGGCCUUGGACCGCUUCCGCUCCCCGAUGCGAAGGACACGGAGGUCCGCUGCGUGCACGGUGGCAGCAUCAGCUCCGUGGACGAUCCUGAUCCCGGUGUGCGUGUUCUGUGCUUUGUCAACGUGACCUUCACCGCCGCGAUUGUGCUGGACCUGUCACAUUUCGACGCACCACAACAGACACUCAACAUCACGCUGCUGCAGUGCGUUCUCGUGGGCCUGUCGAUCAAGGGGAGUGGUACGCGCGUGCACGUGAGCGUGACAUCCUCGAUGCUGGAUUCUGGUGAGUUGGAGUUCAGGGGUGAUUUCGGCGCGAGCUCCCAGAUACUGGUGGUGGGCUGUACGCUUGUGACGACGUCGGACCACGCCAUUUUAUUUGUGAAGUUUACUCUCAGUGCGAAAAUGACGCUGCUGCUACUCGAAAACUACAUCGAGGCGAAUAGGUACGCAGUUUAUUUCAUCAGUGCUGUUGUUGUUGAUGGUGGCGGGAUUGUUGUGAAGGGAAAUACGCUGAGCACAACGAAGGAUGAUGACGGUGUGGAAUCAUCUGUUUGCGUUAAUGCUGUGGAUUUGAAGAACGGCGGCUACUUUGACGUGGAGAACAACACGAUGAGGUCAGUCAAUGGCAUUUAUAUUUUUGGGGAUACCACCGUGAGCUCCGCGGGGCUGCUGAGAGUGGCGGACUGCACCUUCGCUGGUGGGACGGAAAUUUUUGAUCCCGCGCUGGUGUAUUUGUCUGCUUCGGUGACAAUUGAGGGUGGUGCGCAGUGGCGUGUGGAGGGCAACAGCGUGGGUGCAGCCUCAGUAUUAACCAUUCAGUAUUCCUGGCAAAGAAUUUAUUUCUCGGGCAGCAGCACCACCGCGGUGCUUGCAAACAACCGUCAGGUGGAGGGAAGCGCACUCUUUGCCAAGCUUUUUAAAUUGAGCAUUGUUGCGACGUCACCCGAGCGGUUUGUGGUUGGGUGCAACCUGCAGGGCGAUGAGGAGGUGUCGUACGCCGGCGUGUUUCCGGAGGAGGUGGUGGUGUUUGGGUGUGGCACAUGCAACGAUGACGCGGCGUGCUUCAAGCCCGGGACGGAGUUGGUGGACCGCGGCUCGUGCUCGUGCAGCUGCAAGGACGGAUGGCACGGCGCGUCGUGUCUUCCCUUCGAGGUGCCCACCACGGUUGUGCCGCCCGUGCCGGAGAGAGCCGUCGACGGCGACACGAGCUGCGUGGUGAACAAGACGCUGACGAGCCUCACGCUGAACAUGUGGAAGACGCACCACUGCUACGCGGGUGUGACGUUCAGCGGCGUGGGUGCUGUGUUGACGUUCUCUCUCAACAGCAUGCCGCUGCAUCUCCCCAUCAACAUCACGCUCACCGGGUGCACGUUCCGUGAGGGUGCCGCGCUGCAGUUUGUUGGGGGUGCUGAGGCGGCGGAGUCAUCCGGCGUCCUGAUCCGUGUGGGCCAGGCGGUGAUGCGGUCCUCUGUCGUUGUGUUUUCACUUGCCCUCCCGCAGCGCUGCGAAAUCGCCAUCACGGAGGUUGAUGCGGUACAGAACUUCGAGUUUGAAUUAUCGGGUACUGUGUACAACAUGUGGAACGUUGUGGUGCUGCACGACGUCGUGUUGAAUGCGUCAACGCUGUUGGUGAGCAACGUCAAAGCGCAUGCAACGAAGCAUGAUGCGUUUGGUUUGUACUCGACCGGGACGCUGGCGCUGGUGGGUGGCAGCUCGCUGUACGUGCGGUACUGCAGCUUUGAGGGAUACAAAUACCUGUUCUACGUGUACAGGCUCAGUGUGAGUGGCCACUCCGUUUUUGCGCUGCUCAACAAUACGAUGUUCUCCGGGGUAAGCCUGCUGUAUCAACACCACGGAUUCAGCGUGUCGGAUCACAGCGUGUUGCGCGUGGCGGGGAACAGCGGCUCAGCUCGCUACACCAUCUAUAACGAUGACUUGUGGACUGUUCAGCAGUCAAGCUGGUUGGAUUGGCGCGAUAACGACGUGGAAAUGGGUGCGAUGUUCUACGACAGUGGAUCCGCUUUUGUGACCAUUGACAGCAGCAGUGUUGUGACGCUGACGGGCUGCAGGAUGGGCUCGACGGGGUUGUCUGUUCCUUUGCUAUCGCAGGCUGGCGCCGGCUACCGGUUCGUUGCUGGGUGUCUGACGGUCGCGGGACGGGUGGUGACGACGGCGGCUGAACUGGAUCUGAACGGCAUCACCAACGUGACGGCUGUUGCAGUGUGCGGGGAGUGCACGAAGGACGGCGACUGCUUUGCCCCGCUGACGACGGCGGUCAUUGACUGCAAGUGCCAGUGCGCUGCUGGAGGGCACGGCGAUGUGUGUGUCCCGGCGCCUGUGCCUGCUGGCCCGCCACCGUUACCGCCGUCAUCUCCCCCGCCACUGCCAUCGCCGCCAGCACCACCACCACCGCCGGUUGGUGAGUGCAUCAGCGACAUGGCGUACCCCGAGGUUGCGCAGGCUGUGGGCGGCGGGCUGUCGUGGCUGUGCUACCGCAACGUGACGUUCAGCGGGGGCGGCAUGAGCCUGACGGUGCUGAUUGGGGGGAUGAAGGGCGACGUGGCGAACGUCACGUUUGAUGGAUGCACGUGGAGGGACGGCGCCCUGCUGUUGCUGUUGGGCAACGCGAACGCCGCUGUGGGGUCGCUGAACAUCGUCGUCACCGGCAACACAUUCAUUGACGCGCUGCUCAGCCCGAAGGGUGGAUUUCCACCGCACACGAACAUCACGAUCAGCGGGAACCGCUUUACGGUCACGAGGCUGAUCCCUCGGCCGGGUUUGGGCCUUAGGAGGCCGUCGUGCGUUGUGAUGAAUGGGCUGGCGAUCAGCAACGGCUCCGCGGCGGUGUUCAGUGGCAAUGUGUUUCAGAGCGUGACGGCAUCGUCAAGCGCCAUUUACGUUAUCAGAUCUGCGCUGAGUGUGUUGUGGCACUCCGUGUUUGCGGUGGUGGGCAACACGUUUCAUAUGGCUGGCGGUGACAGUACGCUGAUAUAUCUUGAAGGGUCUAGACAAUCCUUGUCACUGAGGGUUCUGAACAACUCUGCCGUGGUGAUCCGAGGCAAUCUUGUGACGAGGCCGGUGAAGUACUUCAUGUUAUUUCUUUGGACAUCACGUGUGGAGUCUCGGUCAGCGGUUGUGUUUCAUGGCAACGACAUGCAGGGAAACUUGGCUGUGUUUUAUUCAACUUUUGCCGCCAACAUCUACUACAACUCCUGGCUGCAGUUGAACGGCAACCUUUGCCGCGUGUCUCCACGGGAUGCGUUUGCUGUGCUGAGCCCCACGGUGAAUCUCCGCGAUUCCACGAUGUCUGUGUCUGGCAACCGAUUCAUGUCCAACACCGUCUCGCCAACAAUGCUGCUGAUACCUCAAAGUUCCCGCGAUCUCACAAACGGAGCGAUUGUGGCUGCGUGCAACACUGUGAGCGGCGAGGAAGGAGUGGAAUACAGUGUUCCGUCCGUGUACAAUGUCACCAUCUUAAACUGCAGUGAUCCAUGCACUCUCGCGGCGUGGUGCUUCCCCGCGCACACGACGACGGCCUCGAGUGAUGGCUGCGCCUGCACGUGCGCUGAGGGCGGCCACGGCGAUGCGUGCCUGCCCGUUGCUGCUCCCGAGCCACCGAGCACCGACGGUUCCGACUUGUGCGUGCGUGACGUGCGUGUGGAUGAAUUGGUGAACGCCGGUCUCGGGACGUCGGUGGUGUGCUACGUUGGUGUGACCUUUGCGGCGGACGUCGUGGUGGACGUGGAGUCGAUGUCAGGGAGCGUGCGCAACGUGACGCUGGCGAACUGCACGUUUUUGCGCGGAGCGAGCCUGUACGUUGUUGGGUGGCGGUCCGACCCGCCUGCUGGCGAGCGCGUUGAUGUGUUGAUCAGCGGUCUUGAGUCGUGUUCUGGCGGCGGUGUGCUGGUGGCGAACCGGUUUUCGCCGGGCUCGCGCGUCACUGUGGUGGACUCGGUGCUGAUAGCAGAGGCGCGUGUUGCGUACCGCGGCGCCUACGACCUUGGCGACGCGUCUGCGUGCCUCGUGGUGCACAACGUGAAUCUGACGGGGAGCGUGCUGACAAUUGCGCGAACGCAGGUGGCGGCUGUGUUCCGCGACGCUGUUGGCGUGUUGGUGGUUGGCGGCGUGGCGCUGUCGUCGCGCGGUGCGCUGUACGUGGACGGACUGUUGGUGCAGACGGCGCUGGGGCUGUGCGUGUCGGUGGAGGGCGGCGUUGCGGCCAGCGGCGGCUCCGUGGUGGCGUUUGUUGACAGCGACUUCCUGCUGUGCAAGCACGCGGUGUCUGUGCGUAGGGCUGUGAGUGUGUCGGGCUCCGCCGUGGCGCUUGUGCGGAACGACUUUUUGUCGACGGAGGACUACGCGGUGGCGUUUUAUUCGACUGUGAGCCUGGCCGGCGGGUCGAUGCUGCUGGCGAAGGGCAACGUGCACGACGGCGUCUCGAGGGAGAUGCUCUACGCUGCUGGCGCCGUGACCGCUGCUGGGAGCACGCUGAGCUUUGUGCGCAACCGAGCGCUGCUGCCGCGGAUGCUGUCGCUGAGCCUGUCGCUUGCGGCUGGGGCGCAUUUGAGGGUGGCGUGCAACGACGCUGGUGGACAUGUCCUGUCGACGGCGGAGGAGUACGCAGCGGCUGGUUUUGGCGACGCUGGGAGCAUCGACGUUGCUGGGUGCGACGACUGCGACAGGGACACACACUGCUACGCGCCCGGGACGACCUCUGCGAGCAUGAGGAACGGUGUGUGCGUGUGCGUGUGCGGCAGCGGCGGGUACGGCGAGGCGUGCGUGCCUGUGGGAGCUCUCGCACUACCGCCCGCUGUGGGCACCGCGUCGAGUUUGUUUGUCCGCGAGGGCGUGACGGUGCAGUCGGUGUUCGUUGUGCCUGCCGGUGCGAGCGAGGUGACGCUGCGCCACGUUGUGCUGGACGGCGUGAGCCCGGUGCUCUACGUGCCGUGGAUGGCGCGGGACGGCGUGCGGAUCGUUGUGCAGAACGUGUCGCUGCUGAACGGUGCCGUGCUGUACGUGAUGGGCGGUGGAUCGUUGCGCGGUGCGGGAGCGGCGGGGAGCGACGAGAGCGGGCCGGUGGAGCUGUCCAUGUGCGACGUGGAGGCGCUGAACGGUGCGCUUGUGCUGACCGGCACGUUCCCCGCGGGGUCUGUGCUGACGGUGACGGACUCCCUGCUGGUUGCUGCGAGGCCGACGCCGCUUCCGUAUCUUCCCGGCUCGCAGUCCUCGCCGUACGCACCGGUGCUUGUGCUGUCGGGCCUGCGGCUCAUGCGGUCCGUGCUGGUUGUGUUCGGCGUUGCUCUCGUGACGGUGAUGACUGGUGGGCGGACGGUGGUGGUGGACGGCGCCGUGCUGGAGCUUGUCGGUGGCGGUGUCGCGCUGGACGCGGCUGUGCUCGGUGGCGACUAUGCGUUGUACGCGAGUGCGCGCGUGGUUGCGUCGGGAGGCGCCGUGCUGCGCGUGUCGGGGAGCCAGGUGUACGCCGCGCAUGGGUUGGUGUUCGACAACAGGUGUGGAGGC